AUGGAGUCUCCCAGCAAGUCCGAGAAGCUCGUGUCUGACGACCAGGUCGAGCUGGGCCACGACGGUAUGCCCGAGGAGAUCUGGGACGACAUGGUCAAGAACGAACGCAACAUUUUCUUCUCGCUCAUGUUCCUCAACGGCUCGGUGCUCUGGGCCUACUACUCGUGUCUGAGUGCGCAGGACUUCUACACGGUCGAGUUCGCUGAUUCGGGUCUGGAUUUCUCCUUCUUAACCACGCUCUGUACGUCGUGGCCCAUGGUCAUCGGCCAGGCCAUCCAAAUGAUCUGGGGGCUAGACAAGAAGCUCACCCAGGAGUUCCGCGUGCGCGUCGGCUACGGCAUCUUUAUCCUCAUGGCCAUUCUCAUUAUGAUCUUCAGUGCCAUCAACUUCUCUAACCAAAAGACUGGUGCCAUCCUCGUGCUCAUCUGCUUCGGGUGUGUCGGCUUCGGUAACACGCUCUCGGAGUCGACGUACUACACGAUUGCGGCGUUGUUUCCGGUCCCCAAGUUCUCGCAGGCCGUGCAAAUCGGUAACGGUACGGCCGGUAUCCUCAACAUUUCGUUGGCUACGCUGCUACGUCUCGCUGUCGGCGGUGUCCACCAGACCAGCAGCUCUACCAAGCUGGCUUUCUACCUCUUCUUCGGUAUCCUCAUCGUGGUACUUAUCGUCGCACUGUUCGUCUACCGCCGCCUUACGAACCUACCGAGUGUUAAAUUCCUAUUGGAACGUAAUGCUGCGUCGGCCAAGGAGGAGAACCUCACGACCCAGUCGGUGAGUAAGACGCUGAGCAACCUGUGGCGCAUCUUUGCUAUUAUUUGGAUGCCUGCCGUCGCCCAGUUCCUCGUCUUCUUCGUGUCCCUAUCGGUAUUCCCUGGCUUCGGGUGCGCUGCAUCACGUAACCUGGCCCCUCCCUAUUCGGAUGACACGCACACCGUAACCAGUAUCUGGUACUGUGCUCCUGGUAUUGUGGGAUCGUACAACUACGGUGAUUUCUUCGGCCGUAUCCUCACCGGCGCUGCCGUGUACAAGCUACUCAACAGCGAGUGGUGCUUCGGUCUGUCUAUCCUACGUCUGGGCUUCAUCCCGCUGCUGCUUAUGGGCGUGGCCGGCACGUCGCUCUACUCGUUCGGUCGUGACGACAUGGGCGCUAUCGCCUACAACAUUAUCCUCAACCUGCUCAUCGGACUGUCCAACGGCUUCCUGUCGACCGUGACCAUGGGCGUAGGCCCGCGUCUCCUUAACCCCGAGGACCGUGAGUCUGGCGGUGCUGUUAUGUUUACGUAA